AUGAAAACCUCAUACCUACGAGCUUUACCGCGAGCGCCCCCCAGAGCCUCGAUCGCCCUGCGCCCUCCACCUCGCUCCGAGAUCACCCGACUCUACGCCACGCAGACCGACCCACGACCGAAGAGAAGGAACGUCACCGUUUUGUCGGACGAUGGGCGGUACGAGUGGGGUGAACUGAGUGGGCGGGAGAAGGUUUCGCGGGCAACGCAGCAGUCGUUCAACUUUGUGGUUGUGGUGGCUGGUGCUAUUCUCACGGGCGGUGUUUUUUAUCUUCUUUAUACCGAUGUUAUUUCGCCGAAUAGCCGGACGUGGCAGUACGAGAAGGCUGUGGAGCGAAUCAGGGACGAUGCGCGGUGCACGAAGCUACUGGGUGAUAGGAGGGAGAUCAGGGCUUUUGGAGAGACUACAAAUAGCCGCUGGGCGCGGAACCGGCCUAUAGCGAGUACCGUUGAGAAAGACAGGUUAGGCCGUGAGCAUCUUCGGAUGCAUUUCCAUGUUGAGGGCCCCCUUAAUUCCGGGGUUGUUUCUGUGCACAUGAUGAAGCCCUUGGACAAGAAUGAGUGGGAGUAUCAGCUUCUUGCUUUGGAUGUGAAGGGGCAUUCCCGCGUCAUCUUGGAGAAGGCUGCUGAAAAGCCUAGCGUGGCUGGCUCGAUGAAGCUGUUUGGUAUUCAGUGGCGUUGA